AUGCACCUCGCCCACCUCUUGCUGGCUGUACUCCUCCUCCUCAUUCCCCUCGCCCAAUGCAGCUCCGUCGAAGCCCCUCCCCUCUUCAUCGGUCGCCCCACCCGAGUCCACCCCGCCCAGCAACAGUGCAACCGGAUCAAAGCGGCGGAGAAGGCUCGCGUAGCCGCCAUCAUCGCCAAGCGGCAGACGAGUCGGCAGAAGUUGCUCGCCAAGGAGGAAGGAGAAGAGGCCGUCUCGCUCACUCGCCGCGCCUGUACCGCUAUCCACUACGGCCCAAAGACGAGCAGCAGGGUGUAUCCUACAUGCAGGAACAGCCUCAGGACGGGGUAUGCGAGGUAUACUGGCUGGGAUCUGAGCGGAGACAACCUUCCCAAUCAACCCGUAUACGUCUCGUACACUUCCGGCGAGAAGGGCUGUGUCGCUGCUUGCAACUCAUAUAGGACCAACGGUGACUACACUUGCGUCGGCGUAAGCUCUGAUCCACCCGACGGCCUCUGCUCCACCGACAAUCCUCUCCUACCCCUCUUCCCCCUCCUCGGUAUCUGCAACAUCCCAUGCUAUCUCAAGAAUCGCUACCUCUGCGCUGGGCAGUGGCAACAGAAGGAGGGCUCGGUGGUGAACCUCAAGGGCGGUUGCGCAGCGUGGCAGGGGCUGGUACCGGCAAAUGUGGAUGCCGCAUGUUGUAACAACUAG